AUGUGGUCGUACGGUAUGGUUAUGUUCAUACUGCUAAAUCCUGACCUGCAGUAUCCUUAUCAACUUGAAAUUUAUAAACUGCACCAGAAAACAUACGAAAUGUGCAAGAAUGAGGUAGUCUGCCUAUUGGCCAUCAAGCAAUUGCCAACUUUCUCUAACAAAUUCAGCCGUUCUCAAGCUACUUCGCGGUUGAUACUUGAAAGUGUCUUUGAGAAGUGUGCAGAUUUUGAUCCCACAAAGAGACCCGAAGCCUCGGGUUUAGUUGAAAUGUUUCAUCCAAAGGAAGGUCCAGUAUGUAGAGAAAUACCACUUGUUGUAAGCCAGAGUUCUGUUCUUGAGCAACACGACUACCUUGUUGCAGAGGGUGCCAUUGGAAUAUCAAAUGUUAUCUCUAGAGAUGUAACGAACAGCUGCUCCUCCCUUUCGGUGCUGAUUGCUGAACGCAUUUUGGUAGAAAGACAAGCUGACGACCUUCCCAGCCUCAACCCUGCUUUAGAUGAAUGGCAGUUCUUUAGUGAGAAUGUCAGUAACUUGGUGUAG